GUGUUGUUAUUUCAGUUUUCUGCUGUGUGACUAGUGUCUAAGAUGCCUGAGCCGGCGAAAUCUGCUCCCGCGCCCAAGAAGGGCUCCAAAAAAGCGGUGACCAAGACCCAGAAGAAGGGGGAUAAGAAGCGCCGCAAGACCAGGAAGGAGAGUUACUCCAUUUAUGUCUACAAGGUGCUGAAGCAGGUUCACCCCGACACCGGCAUCUCUUCCAAGGCCAUGGGCAUCAUGAACUCCUUCGUCAACGACAUCUUCGAGCGCAUCGCCGGGGAGGCGUCUCGCCUGGCGCAUUACAACAAGCGCUCCACCAUCACCUCCCGGGAGAUCCAGACCGCCGUGCGCCUGCUGCUGCCCGGGGAGCUGGCCAAACACGCCGUGUCGGAGGGCACUAAGGCUGUGACCAAGUACACCAGCUCCAAGUAAACAGGGCUGUGCCUCUCCGGGAAGUUGUUACACCUAAAACCCAAAGGUUCUUUUAAGAGCCACCCACUUUCUCUGUGAGAGAGCUGUGCCUCAUUGUCAACAAUAGAAUUCAUCUCUUUUUGCAGGGCUUUAACUUGUACAUCUAAUAGGAAAAAUAAGUUUGUUUCAUAUUCUGAAAUCAGUCAUUGUAAAAAUGUCAUUAAGAUCUAUUCAGGAAAGGUAUUCAAAACACCUCCGUUUAUGCAAUAGAGUGUCAGUUUACAAUACCCAUUUAGUUCAUUUUCCCUGGUAAUCCUCUUUAACAUCUCUACACCUAAGGGCAGAUUCUUUCUGAAAACAAGAGGGACUGUAAUUCAUUGCUCUAAAAGAAAUGGUGCCAAAGUACUUCAGAAAGCAACUGGGGAAGGAGAGGCCUGGAGACAUUAGGAGUGUAAAUAUACAGACUGGAUUUCUCUAACUCGAAAAUGAAUGUUAAUCUUUAAAAUCACCAUUUAGGAACUGGGGGAACUCAUCCAUUCUUGGUAGUGAUAUUAGUGUCUUCAAUGAAGGAAACUAUAGUGACUAGGUUUUACACUUGUUUGCUUUUUAGCUAGAGCUUUUCCUUCACCCCCCGAGUUUUAUAACUGCAAGAAAGUUGUAUUUGUGGAGUAAAAUAAGAUCUCAUGUUAGGCUGUGAUACACAUUUGCUAUAAACUUUGAAUCC